AUGGCGCUCCAGAAUCGAACGUCCGAACACGCACUGGGCAAAAUCAACAUCCGCAACACCCCGGUCACAGUCAACCUGUACGACGCCCGCCUCGCGCACACAGCCCAACCUGGCGUAAAGAUCGCGGAUGGCAAAGUUGAGAUCGACAGCAUCGGCAUGCCCAAGACCGAGCACUUCCUCACCGCCAUCCCCGGUCUCGACGUCCGGCCCAGCUGCGAGCCGACCUACAACUUGAUGGUGCCGUACGCAGUGAAGGGCGAACCGGAUUGGACUCGGCGCUACUCGCACUGGUCCUACUGUGACGGUGUUAGGGUCAACCGCGUUUAUAUACCUGUGGAACCAGAGCCUGAGCCGGUGGAAGAGGAGGAGGACCGAGCUCGGCGAUACGCGCGGGAGACUGAGCGGCGAAGACAAGCUCGCCGCGCGAGGGAAGAGGAUGAGAGACAUGAUGACUGUUGUUGCAUUCUGAUGUAGAAAGGGUUUAGGUAUAACUAGGUAUACUGGUUCUCGG